ACAAUACUGACUGGGAAAGUAACAUGAGUCUUCAAGACAAGGUGGCUAUUGUGACUGGCAGCAGCUCUGGUAUAGGAGCUGCUAUCGCCAUCAAGUUUGCUGAAGAAGGAGCCAAAGUAACCAUCGUAGGAAGAAACAAAGAAAAACUAAACAAUGUCGCCAAGAAACUGGGAGACCACUUAAUGCUAGCUGCAGAUGUCACCAAAGAAGAAGAUGCCAAAAGAAUUAUAAAUGAAACUGUAAAAAGAUUUGGAAAGCUUGAUAUUUUGGUGAAUAAUGCUGGUGCUGCUACGAUAGCGAAGUUUGAUGAUGAAAAACUCAUGACAGUGUUUGACCAAGUGAUGAAUAUAAACGUUCGCUCCGCGGUAUAUUUGACCCACCUCGCAAGGCCUUAUCUAAUAAAGACCAAAGGAAAUGUAGUGAACAUUUCAGGCAUUUCUGGAAUGAAACCACAAGUGAUAAAUGGUUUCCUAUCAGUGUCAGUGUCAAAAGCUGCACUUGAUCACUUCACUAGAGCUGUAGCUCUCGAACUGUCUCCUCACGGUAUACGUGUGAAUGCUGUUUGUCCAGGACCGGUGUACUCAGAUAUAUUCGAGAAUUUGGGGGUUGCAAAAGAGGAAGAAAAUGGCUUUUAUGAGAGCAUGAGGCAAUCGACUGCUUUGAAGAGGGUGUCUGAUCCUGUGGAAAUAGCAGACCUGGUUAUUUUCUUGGCUAGUGAUAAAGCUAAGAGUAUUACAGGUACUGUUUCCGUCAGUGACAAUGGUUUUCUUUUGCAAUAAAAUGGGUAUUAAGUAAACAUCU